UCUCUCUCGAACAGGUCUCAGUGGUAGAACUUUUAUUUUUGCGUGGAGACUUAGCUUUGUCGCUCCGUAUUUCCUCCACUUCGAUUCACGUUGCUUUCGCUUGGGUUAGUUCUUGAAGCUGUGCUAGUGCUAGUCCUUCAGUUUGAAGCUGUGCCAGUGACGUAAGUAAAAAGCUGGGCUGCUGGCUUAAGUCGGGCCCUUUUGAGUAUAUGUUCGUGAAGUUGGUCAUUAAGUUAAACAGACUAGUGCAAGAUGUUCGGAAUUUUUGGCCUUUCAGGAGGCGCGGGCACCGCCCCAGGAGAUGCAGCAGGAAGUGACUCCGUGAAAGAGUCUCUUGGCGGAGAUGUCGCCGCGGGGGAGGUUUUUUCACCAAGCAAGCUCUUCGCGCUCCCCCCCACCGAUUUGCAGAAGGCGUGCUACGACUGGGUCUUGCGGUCUCUGGCGGCGGACUCGAAGGGGGGGGCGCCGGCUGUCUUCUUGGAGUUAUGCUAGGCAGUGCUGAAGUUCAUCUCAGUGUGUGAGUUCGUCUUCGAUCGUCUUAGUUCCUCCGGUCGUCUCAGUUCUUCAUAAGGUCACAUCACCUCACGUUAGCGCAUAAGAUCGCCUCAGUUCGUUAGCUUAGUAUCUCUAACAUUUGCGCCAGUAGGAUCCGGAAAGACUAAUAUCAUUCUCGGCGUCGUGAAUGCGCUCCGGGAUCUUUCUGGGUCUCGGUCUCUCGUGGUAUCCCGGACACACAAACAGACGAAGCAAGUGCUGGAUGCCGCAGAGGCUCAGGGAAUCCCCGCCAUACAGGUGGGUGGCCGUGCGCAGUUGUGUCAGGUAUUUCUAUUUGUGACGCAUAGAGACGGUCUCCCCAUGUGUUAGCGGAUAAUGGAGCUUCUUGAGACAGACAGAGGCCCUUCGCCCAUCAUUCAGAGUUCCGCUUAGUUCUUGAGAUUUAGACUCUUCGUUCAUCAUUGAUUCAAGGAGCCGCCGCAGUUAUCCUUCGUUCUCACUCUCCCCCAAUUUUAUAUGGAACCCAGGUUGACGCAGUUCGCCUCGCACCAUUUCAGCAGCAAGCCGAUAUCUGUAAUGCUACUAGUUGCGGAUAUAGUCGCGGCGCGGUGCUGAAGGUUGAGAGCAGGCGCGCUUUUCCUGGUAGUGGAAGUAGUUCCUCUUCUUCUAGCAGUUCUUCUGGUAGUAGUAGCAGCUCUUCUAGUAGCAGCUCCAGCGCCUCGAUGACUUCUACUUCUGUCACGAUGGACAUCGAAGAUUUUAAGAGGCGGGCGAGAGGAUGGGAGCACAAAAACGAGAAGCCGUGCCCGUACUUCCUUUCAAUGAACACCGCGAAGCAAGGGCGCGCCCUGCUGGUGGCGCCGCAUCAGAGUCUGGAGCUUCUCUCGAGGAGCAGCGACGUCAUAUUUGUCGACGAAGCACACGCGUUAGAGCAGAGCUUGGACAACUAUUAUGGCCACCUCCACGAUCAACUUCGUAUAUUCUUGACUCUCGGCCUAAGUAGCUAGCUCCAUGCCCUUUCUUUUCGAAAGGCUGUUCUAGGCAUAGGCAUGCACUCAAUCAAAGAAAAGCGCGCGCUGUCUCUGUCGUCGUGCAAGAUUCUAUAUCGUUCGCCUCUAAAAAAAUCACCCGGAUCGCCUGUUGGAGCAUGACCACCGCAACAUGGCGAAGCUUCUCACGCGAUUAAAACACCCGAUGGUCUUCGUUUCUGGAACGAUGCCGGCGAUCAGCGAAGUGGAGAACGUGCGACGCAGAUUUUUUUAAGGCUGAACCUCGUUUCUUGAUCAAAACAAAGCUAAUUAGCCGGUCAGUCAGGAAAGAACAGCGAGUAGGCGAGUCGCUGUAGUAGUUACUUCGUGUGAUAUGAGUCAAAUACAAUCCAGAUACAUACCGGUCGCGCUAGCUGUUUCGUGAAGGUGUAGUAAUACGCAACAGACACUUCAAAGACAACUCCACUAGAUGCCAUCAGAAAGGCUAGCUUCUGUUCCCUCGUCCGAUGUCUGAGUCGCUAAGCUUUUCCCAACAGUCCGGAGCGGCCCAUCCACGUAGCUGCCGUUCCGGUAGAGCCUCGGGUGGAGUUCCACGUAGUCACCAACGUGCAGUAUUCCCCUGGAGAAGGAACAAUCUGCGACGAACGAGCAGAAUUCUCCAGCAUCGCUCGCCCGGAUGAAAACGCUUCGACGCGAUAUUGGACGUUAAGGCAACAGGGGCCCCAUCUUGCAUCGUUAGCGCCCUUCGGCGUGCUGCUUUUCAAGCAAAGGAAAAGCACCCGAGCGCAUCGAGAUCGAUGGACUUCGCGAGGGGUUCUUCUAAGCGCAGCACUUGCGCGCACGGUCGUAGACUGCAGUGACGCUCUUACCAAACAGCGCGGCAGUGACCUUAGUAUCUUCGAGCCUGAGGCGGUAAUGAUCGCGUUCUCUUCUUUCGUGAAGAUCAAACGCUUCGCGGAUUGUGUGCGUGGUAGCAAUUAAGGCUCGCAAAUUACUGUAGCUGGGUAACUGAUUCAAGCUGAUUUCUCGGCAUUAGUGCGCGGCCGCUUCUAUACAUACUGUCGCCGGGUAACUGAUUCAAAUCGCAGGCGUGUAGGCAGGAGGCCUCCCAUCUUUGUACUUUUCUGAUGCCUUCUUCUAAUGUGAUUCGAUUCGGCCCGGCGAUGUGGAGCGUUUUUGCUUUGAGGUUCAGCGGCAUGAGUGCAACGGGGAGCAGGCCACAACGGGGGGCCACGAGGUCCGUUUCGAAGGAGGUCCUCACGCGCACAUCUAUGUAGUUUGCUGCCACGGGCGAUUAUGUGAAGGAGCGAACUUAGCUCGCCGGCCUUCGUUGGUCUUUGUCGUCGGGACGCCGUGGCCAAUCCCAACGAGAGCGAGCGGGCGGCAAAGUUCUGCGAGUGCAGAAGAACAAAUGCUGCAGACGGUGCGGCAAGUAGUCGGUCGCUCGACCCGGUCUACGGUGAACCCUGGCCGCACGUUGGCAGUUCUGUGGGACCAACAAUAUUCCAAAUAUGUGCACCACUUCCGCGCCGACAUGAAGUCGCUGCAGGUCCACGCCUUCCAGGUGGAUCUGGUAGAGGCUCUACAGAGAGAAGCUGGAGCAUGAAAGAACCCCAUGCGCAGAAAAAGCUCCACAAGUCAUGACCUGGAACGGUCUUCGCGUUUGCCUUGUGCUGCAUCAUCAUGAAGACGGCACGCGAUCAAAAAAGAGAACCCCCAUCGAGGUCAGGUUGUAACGCUCCCCAAGAAAAAUGAUCCCUCGUUCCGUGGUGGUCCACCCUUGCUUGCAUAAGAAUGCCUGCUUUCUUAGAAGGUCUUGGCGUCUGUUUCUGAUCGUUGCUCGCUGGCCGUAAUUGUAUUAGCUUGGGCGAGAAGUCUUCCCUUGCUCUCGGCUGUCGGGAUGUAAACCGUCGGGCGCUGUUCAAUUUCAUGCGCAACGUGUGCAGAAUUUGUUUCGCGAGCUUAGAGCCGCACGCGAGCAGGGCUCCUUUCAUCUGUUAGAAUGGGCGCGCCGAUAGAAUGGGCCCCCACUAGCUGAGAACGAGGCGAGACGCCAAAGAAUAAAUUGGACGUGGAUCCCCAUGCGGAUACGUCGCGAGGAAUCUUAGACGCGGCAGCUCCUUGAAGAUCCUAAAAUGCAAGAAUUUGAAUCCAAAUGCCCCAGGGCAAUCGGCUCCAGUUGGAUCCUUGUCGCGAUUUGAAUAGUCCAUGCG